AAUUUUACCUCCGCUGCAGAAGAUUUACAACGAUUUUUGUAAACAAUUGCACACUAUGGAUUUCAAAGCAUUGCUACAAUCAGAAAUAAACAGAAAAAGACAGAAAAUUGAAUCAAAAGAUGUAUUGGCACCUAAUAAAAAGUACUUCAAAAGAGGUGAUUUAGCAGCAAAGGAAGAAGAAGAGUAUUGGAAAAAGCACAGAAGAGUGAACGACACACAGCAAGAAUCUCCAGUAAAGGAAGAUACUACUAAAUCAGAAGUUCAGGAGCAGUCCGAAGAGAAGAUUCCUCAACUGGCAAGAAAAGAGGUGGUAAGGCGACUACGUGAUAGAAAUGAGCCGAUACGACUGUUUGGGGAAAGCGAUUAUGAAGCCUAUCUUAGACUGAAAAGGCUGGAAACAGACGAACCUGAGGCCAGAGAGGAGGGUUUCAGGAAUGAGUUCAAGGCUGCUAUGGACAAAGUGGAUGAAGACUACUUCAAAGAAAUGGUAGAGGCUGCCACGUCAGGUGAAGGGGGCAAACGGUCCAACGAUGUGUCAAUUAAAGACGACGGUACCACAUUGGAGGACAUUCCGACAAUGAAAGAAGAAAUAGGAAAAGGUGACUCAGACAAAAACAGUGAUAUCAUUUUAAGAUUUUUGAAGUACCUGUUGAAAAUGUGGGGUCAGAGUUUAAACCAGAGGACGGAGGAUGAAAAAAGAACCUUAAAGGGCAAAGAGGCUAGUGCCAUCCACUCCCAGACUGUCAGCUACCUCAAACCACUGUUCAAGGAUCUCAAACACAAGACCAUCGAUGAGGACAUUUUAGAUGCUAUGGUUAUCAUUGUACACCACCUCAUGCAAAGGGACUAUCUAAAGGCAAAUGAUGCGUAUUUGGAGAUGGCCAUCGGUAAUGCUCCCUGGCCUAUUGGGGUCACUAUGGUUGGUAUCCACGCUCGUACUGGUCGAGAGAAAAUUUCAUCCCGCCACAUCGCACAUGUACUGAAUGAUGAGACACAGAGGAAGUAUAUUCAAGCAUUAAAGAGACUGAUGACUCAAUGUCAGAAGAUCUUUCCUACUGAUCCAUCGUUCAGCGUGAAUUAUGAGAAACCAGAUGCAUGACAAGCUGAAAAGACUCUUUUAAAUCAGUAACUAAAAUGCCAGUAAAUUAAAAGGUGCAAACUUCAAGAUAUUUUAAGAGAACUUUUUAAACUUGCUGAUGAAUUACAGAGGCAUUAUUCUUCGUUGUAAUUCAGGAAAAUCUAUUGGUUGAAACGGUACCACAUAAUUAAUUAUCAAGUAACAUACAAUGUAUAAAGAGUUCAUACAGACCAUGAAAAAUACUUAAAUUCGUAUUCUAAGUGCUUGAAUUCUUUUCAUGGCGCUUGAAAAAUUGCUUUAGAAAUGCGGGAAAAGUAAUUGAUGAAAUAUGAUACUGGACUGUAAGAAUCCCGAUAUACUUUCAAAAAUACAACUGAAGAACACCAACUAACGCUACAAUAUUGUCCAUGGUGUUAGUACACCAAACAAUGCUACAAUAUUGUCCAUGGUGUUAGUACACCAACCAAUGCUACAAUAUUGUCCAUGGUGUUGGUACACCAACCAAUGCUACAAUAUUGUCCAUGGUGUUAGUACACCAACCAAUGCUACAAUAUUGUCCAUGGUGUUAGUACACCAACCAAUGCUACAAUAUUGUCCAUGGUGUUAGUACACCAACCAAUACUGCAAUAGUGUUCAUGGUUGAUAUUGUACUCUUGGUGUGUAUGAUAAAACCAUAGACUGAUGUCAACAAAAAUGCUCUAAUGGUAUUGAUACAUAUUGUUUGAAAUACAUGUUUCACACAAUAGAAAUGUUGAUACAGUAUAUUAACCUUAGAAAAUGUUCAAUGAGAAAAAUCUAUUGAUAUAUACAUGGAUAUAGUUUAAAUAAGAUGCACUUAUUUGUUGUUAAGACAAAUUGUUUAAGUGUGUGUGUAUGGUGAAUAUGAUGUACAAUGAGGUAUAUUGAGAUGUAUGAUGUUGAAAAUUUGAUAUAAAUGAUAAUGAACGCAGAUGAUAAUAGUGUCUGUUGUUUUGGAUACUAAUGGAUUGAUGGAAGACUUUAGUCAAUCAUAAGCAUUCUGUCUACAGUGUAGGAAUUUGUAGGUCCACUUUGGGUGAGUUUCAUGCUAUUUGGAAUGUGUCCAUAGGCUAUAUUGAGUCUAUCCUGUAAGAACGAUGGUCAAUAACAUUAAAUACAACGGACAGAUCCAGAAGGAUGAGAACAACAUAUAACCCGUUAUAAAAUGAUGCUGUUUGUAAGAUGACUGCAUUGUGUCACAGAGAUAUUUCAAAUCAAGAUUGAUCCUCUAAUCUCUUAGCCACCACCUUUUCAAGUAUUUUGAGUUUCCUUAUUUAGUCCUGGUUUUUUAAGCAGCAGUGUUCUAAGUGCCCUCUUGAAGCUAGAAGGAACUGAGUGUUUAGAGAGGGAUGUGUUAAAGAUAGAUGUUAUUACAGGAAGAAGAUAGUCUAAGCAUUGUUUCAUCAGAUAGUUGGGGAGCGGAUCCAGCUCAUUUGAUUUGUCUGCAGACUCUGGUAGAUUAAUUGAACUUCUACUACAGUCGUAAAAUAAACGGAAAAUAAGUAUUCUCCAGUGAAUUUCCCACCAUUCUAAGAGGGUCGGACUGAUCGACUUGGCUUUGUUGAAGAUCAACUCGGAUCUUAGCCACCUUGUUUAUGAAGAAGUCUGAAAAGGCCUCUACAAGAUCAACAUCAUCUGAAGUACUUGGUAGCAGAAAUUGCUGUUGUGUUCCCAUAAGGUUCUUGGUAAUCUUGAAAAUCUGCUUAAGAUUUCUGCCACUUUCUUCAACUUGCAUGAAUAUCAACCUCUCUUAGCUUCGCAAAGAAUAGCCCCUGUCCGCGAAUACUGUUCCUUGAACAAUUGACAAUGGAUUUCCAUGUUGUAUGAGUGAUAUAUUCAGUUCGUUGAUCUUGGUACAAAAUGACCAAAAACGUUAUAUGAUAUAGAUGUAUAUCGUUUCAAAGUUUUGAUAUUAGGAACAUUUAUAUGAGAAUUGUCCUACUUGUUGCGGUCUUGUUUCUGUUGUUACAAAGAUGUCCCUCCUGUUACAUGUCAAUUAUAACAAUUUUCUUAUAAUUAUUCGUCACUACUGACCUCGAUAUUUUGAUAAAAUGUAUUACAAAUUUUAUAAUUCUUUAACAUAAUUAUGAAAUGUAUCUGUGUAAUAUCCUUGUAUGUUCAAAAUAUAGAACAAUAUGAAGUUUAAUUUUCCAAAUUCUAAGGCUGCGUUAACAAUAGAACGGAAAAGUCAUAUAGCUGUUAAUUUGUCCGCAUAAACCUUCAUAUAGAUGUUAAUCUGUCCGCAUAAACCUUUCGUAUGCUGCAUGAUUUCCAUAUUUUAGCCUAAUGAUGCUACAAGAUGAAUGAAUAUUUUGUUUGAUAAAAGAAUAAUAUUAAUUUUAUUGUGGUAACACCAGUGACCCACUUUUCAGCUGUAGUGUGUAAAAUCUUUUAUUUCUACUAAAUGGACUGAUUUAUUUGUUGCAUUUGUGUUGUUCAUUCAAGGUUUUAAAUAGUUUGUCAAAAUAAACAUGCUAAAAUUACAUAAGAGUUAUCAUUUAUGACAUAUCAUAUCCGUAAGGAAGACUUUUUUCCCCAAAAUGACCCAGAUAUGAGUUUUAGCAAUAUUAAAACAUUUACAAAUAGUUUUUAAAAAUUCUAUAAAACAAAAUUUGUGUAUCCUAUGUCCUUAAAAUGUUCAAUGGUAAUGUGUCGCCCACAAUGACGGGGAAUAUGACAUCGUUUCUACCAUUCAAAUACAUGUAGCCUAGAAUAGUUGAUACGGUAAUAUGCUCAGAACAUGUAAAAUAAUAAUUUAAAAAAGCAACACUCCUCCCUCUCCUUCCCGAUUUGAUUGACAAGCGCUAUAUCGUCACUCUAUUCAAUUGGUUCUUCCAUAACACGUGUUUGAAUUUUGUUUGUGAUAUGUCUAGUGACAGGAAGAAGAGAUAAAAAUAUCUUCAGAAACAAGGAAACUGAUAUCAAUAAAAAGCUUUUACAUUUCUAAAUCAGAAACUGCGACGAACUUGCAUCCACAAUACCUUUGUUCAUAAAGUUUACGUUUUCCGGUUAGUGAACAAUUUAUUUGGCGAUUAUGUGGGAAGAUGACGAUCAUUUAUGCCGACUAUUGGCGGAUAGUUUGGCUAACCCUGUGGGGUUUCUGCCUGUCCAAAGGUUGAACAGACGAGUUGACGAUAUUUUGUCAAACAUUCAUCAUUUUGGGACAAAUGUAGAAGUGAUUCAGACUGGGAGCUGGGCGGAAGGUUUUAGAAUGAAUGGAACAGACGUUGAUAGAAUGUAUGUAGAUAAAACUGCAUUGGUGUCAGAGACACCGGAUAGGAUUCCUAACCGAUUUUGUUCUAUCAAAAUGGUAACAUCAGGCAACAUACCUAAAGGAUACGUAAAGCUAAUCUUGUUGACUCCAAACAAAGCAGAGCAACACAUACAACUUGCUGUGAUAUCUGAAGGAGGAAACGCGUGUAUUUCAAGUAAAAGUUACGUAACAUCUUAUGUACAAAGAAAUGAAGAAAUACACGGACCUUGUGUAAGAAGGGUGUCACAACAGGGGACAGAACAAGAUGACGCACAUUGCCUGAGGUGUGCACACUGGCCGUCCGAUGCCAUGGAAUGGCGUGACAGAAGAAGAUCGCAUGGAUGGCCAGACCACGACAUGGUCAAAGAAAUAUCCAAAAAGGGAUGUUAUGUUGUUCCAAUUGGUCCUAAAUGUAUUGACGGAAGUGGAUGUUGGUCAUUUAACUCGAUGUUGUGGAGAUUGUCCUUUUCAGUUGUAGAAAAACGAUUAGUAUAUACAUUUAAUGAUACGCAGUUCCUGGUGUACGGAAUUUUCAAACUGUUGGUCAAAGAGGCAUUUAGAGAAACCCGUGAUGUUUUGUGUUCAUAUUUCAUGAAAACACUUAUGUUUUGGAGUAUCGAAGAAACGCCAAGAGAACUGUGGAAGCAAGAGAGAUUAAUUUCGUGCAUUAAAGUCUGUCUCAGACGACUGAUUAUGUGGGUAUCAGACGGCUUUUGUCCCAAUUAUUUUGUCAGAGAACACAAUAUGUUUCAUGGCAAAUUAGAUGAAAUAGACCGCGAAUCUCUUUUCAUCCAUUUGUCAGAACUGUAUGGCGAGGGCUGGAGGUGCCUUUUGAGAUGUCCGUCAUUAGGCAAUCUCAAGGACGCUCUUCAGAGGAGUAGGUGUCGAAUCCUGGAAAUGCCCAACAAUGCAGUUGACCCCGAUGAGGAUUUUAGAGGAUUGUCGUUACAGAGGAGGAAUGAUUCGAAUACUUUUACGGAAGACAUCGAAGAUCAAGCGUUCUUCAGUCAACUGGAAGGCAUCGUGCAAAGUCAUCCAAAUUUUAGAAGUCUUGAAAAUGAAUUGUACAAUACAGUUGCCCUUUUACUUGAAAAGGAAACGCAACUUGAUUAUUUAAUGCACGACACUGUGACACUUUAUCAACAAAAAACUUUACAGCACAUAGCCAUGAUUUUUCUGUACAAAGCUUUGAAUGAUACCCGCAGAUGUGCACGUUAUCGGUACGGACAAGUCAAACGAGCACUUGACUUGAUGGAACUGACAAGUUCAGCAGAUUUAACCAGAGGAAGACUAACUCUAGCAACCGCUUACUAUUGCAUGGGAUACUACACCAAGGCUUUGAAAAUUAUUCGGGAAUGUGAAAACGCUUUCGAAGAAAACCAAGCCGUUCUUUAUAUAAGCUCACGGUAUCCAAAUCAAAUCGGUGAAGAAUACGUGGCCUUUUUUUGCAAUGGGAGUUUAUCUCGAGUUGAAAAAGCCUCAAUGGGUGUUUCAUACGAUUUUGAAGUCUUUCGGACCAUGCCAAUUCUUCCAAAGGAAAUAAUGUUACAGAUCCUUCUCGUAAGGCAAUCCGGCACCAUCCUUUCCUUCCCCCCACGCCCAUACGCAUUAUUCCUAAAGGCACUGUGUUUUGCCGAGAGCCACAACAAAUCUACUGUGAAAAUGUUGAGAAGAAAAUUAUCAGACAUUCUUCCAUUGUAUCCAGAAGCAUUCCAUCUCCUGUACAUCAUGUUAGCCGUGUGUGAUGCAAAAUUAGACCGAUAUGAUAAAGCUAUUCAGAACUAUUAUUUUGCAUACUGGCAUAAAAAAUACAUGACAUGGAGAAAAGAAUAUUGUUCUGAGAGGAAUUCGUUGAAUUCUCCGCUGUUGUACGUGGCAUUAAUGCUUAGACUUCUUAUCUGAUGUCAAAUCUUUUUGAAGUUGACAAAUUGCAUGGAUAUGUGAUAUGAAUUAUCCUUGACAAUAUUGUUCAAAAUGAUGUGUAUGUUUUCAUGAAAAUCCAUACUCAGGAACAUGUUCGCUAAAGGAUAAUGAUUUUGACCUUUGACGUUCAUUAUGGCGUUGAUUUGACUUUUCAUGCAUUCAAGUCUCGCACAAAUAAUCUUAUGUCUUACAUAAGUGGUGUAAUUUUAAGAUGAUGUGUUGUAUGAUGUGGAUUCUAAACGUAACCCAUACUCUACUCUUGGUGAACUGAAUAUAGAUGUUUCUUGACACAAUAGAAUUAACACCUGCAUGAAAUAAACGCAGUCAUACAUUUUCAAUAAUGAGUUGUUUGUAUGCUUUGGAGGAAGCUGUAGAACUAGGUCACUGGUCCGACAAAAUCUAUUCCUGUCCAUCACAAAUUUUGUUGCCUACAGUUCUGUGGCUGGCUUUAUAUUUUGUUACUAGUAAAUGUUUAUACAUAUA